AUGAAGAUUGUCGCUGCCCUCACUGCCUUUCUCUCCGUUGCCCUCGCGAAGCCCCUCUGCGAGCAGUAUGGCAGCUACACCAGCGGCCGGUACAACGUAAACAACAACGUCUGGGGCAAGGAUUCCGGCUCCGGCUCCCAGUGCACCUAUGUCGACGGCAUCUCUGGCUCCGGUGCUGCCUGGCACACCACCUGGUCCUGGUCCGGCGGCAAGAACUCGGUCAAGAGCUACCCCAACUCCGGCGUGGCGCUGAAAAAGAAACUCGUCAGUGAGCUGACUAGCAUCCCAACCGCUGUCAAAUGGAGCUACGACAAUACCAAUAUCCGUGCUGAUGUGUCUUACGAUCUGUUCACCGCGGCCGAUAUCAACCACGUUACCUACAGCGGUGACUAUGAGUUGAUGAUCUGGCUUGCUCGGUAUGGAAAUGUCCAGCCCAUCGGCUCAAAGAUUGGUACCGCCACUGUUGGUGGCCACACCUGGGAGCUCUGGUGCGGCGGCAACAAACAGAAGACAUACAGCUUCGUUGCUGCGAGCCCUAUCACCUCGUACAGCGGUGAUCUGAUGGAGUUCUGGCACUAUCUUGCUUCCAAGCAUAAUUUCCCAGCUUCAAGCCAGCACUUGAUUAAUAUGCAAUUCGGAACCGAGCCCUUCACUGGCGGAAAAUCGACGUUUACUGUCGCUCACUGGAGUGCCAGUGUUAACUAG